AUGGGGCGCUACACGGGCAAGACGUGCCGGCUGAUCUUCAUGCUGGUGCUGACAGCGAGCCUGUGCGUGGCCGAGCUGGUGUCGGGCUACGCGGGCAACUCGAUCGCGCUGGUCUCCGACUCCUUCUCCAUGCUCUCCGACGUGCUCGCUCUGUGCGUGGGCCUCGUCACAGGACGGAUGUCUCGCCAACGCCGACGCCGCCCCGGCGCCUCUUACGGCUCCGGGCGGGCCGAGGUGGUGGGCGCCCUCUGCAACGCCGUCUUCCUGGCCGCCCUCUAUUUCACCAUGCUGGUGGAAGCGGUGCAGCGCCUGGUGAGCCCGGAGUCCAUCAGCAACGCCACGCUCAUCCUCGUCGUAGGCGCGAUCGGCCUGGCCAUCAAUCUGGUGGGGCUCCUCGUCUUCCAGGACUGGGGCUCCUGCUGUGGCAGCCGCCGUCGAGGGUCGCCGCCACCGCCCUAUCUUAGCCCCGAGGACGAGAGCCCAACCCGAACCGUCACUGGCAGCUCAUUUGCCUCGGAGGGGAUGGUGGAAAUGAGCGGCAGCGCCGCUGAGCCGCGUCUGAAAGCAGGUGAUUCUGCAGAUACCCAGAAAAAGCCUGAAGAGGAUCAGAAACAGAAAAAAGAAAAAAAGUCUGAAGCCUUGAACAUCAGAGGUGUUCUUUUGCAUGUGAUGGGAGACGCUCUUGGCUCAGUUAUUGUUGUAGUUGCUGCUUCCAUAUUCUAUAUACUUCCUCUGGAUGAGAACACACCUUGCAACUGGCAGUGUUACAUUGAUCCGAGCCUGACCAUUGUUAUGGUCUUUAUUAUACUGUCUUCAGCCUUUCCACUUAUUAAGGAGACAGCAACCAUUUUGUUGCAAAUGGUUCCCAAAAACGUGAAUAUGCAAAUACUGGCAAACAAAUUACUGGAGGUGCCAGGUGUUAGCAGCAUUCAUGAGCUGCAUAUCUGGGAAUUUAUCAAGGGGAAGAAUAUCGCCACACUCCAUGUCAAGUGUCACUCUACUUCUGACUACCCCAUUGCUUCCUACAAAAUCAGAGAGGUGUUCCAUGAAGAAGGGAUCCAUUCGGUGACCAUCCAGCCAGAGUACCUAGACCAUAAUUGUCCUAAGGUCCUGUGCAGUACACCAUGUAUCUCCAGAUCGUGUAAUCCUCAGUUGUGUUGCAACCAGCAGGACGCUCUUCUUUCUCAGAUGAAUGGUUACAGUGAAACAAUAGGCAGCUUUUCUCCAUCACUGAAGAAGGUCUUCCAAAAAAAAGAUGCUGUAGAAAUUCCUGUUGAACCCACAUGGGCUGAAGAUAAGGUCAAAAAGAACAGUUGCUCCAAGGACAGUUAUAAAGAAAAAAGUGAAAACACACCACAUAUAAAUAACACUCAAUUUUAG